AUGUUGUUCCUGCCAAAGCGUUGGCUUCUAUUUUUAUCCUUAAUUAUACGGUCUAUUGGUGAAAUAUCGUGGGCAUCUGCUUUUGGCUUACGUGCCCUUUCGUCCAGCAGUGCUCUCGGUGGAUGCUUAGGCCGUUAUAAGCGUGCAUUCCGCAGACACAAUGCUCCGCCGAAGGGUUCUCGACUGGCCCUGCAAUUGAAUAAAUUGGCCACCGAUCCGCUGAACUCCUCACCAUGGGACUACGAGCAGUCCAUAGUGGACUCUUUUUCGAAGGAGCAGAAUGCGAGUUAUCGUUUUCUAAAAAACGAAUGGGCGUACCAGGACCAUUCGAUGGACCCUCAUCAGCCGGCAGGCGUUUUGGAGGGCGGCGGCGAUAACUACACCGGGAAGGGGCUGCGUCUGGAAGGCGGAAGCGACCGUCAGCGAACGGAGAGGUUGCCAUACUACGAUGAUCAUGGAGUUCGUUGGCGCGAACGUACAAUGAUGGGAGCCGUGUCGUUCACCAUCAGUCCAGACGCGAAUCAAGAUGUGGCAUUGGAUGAGACCGAUUUGGAUUUGGAGGCACGCCAAUGGGGUUCCUGGAGCCGUCCUAUGUACAGUUAUCUGCCGGUUAGUGAGUCAGCCUUUCGGUCGCGUACGCGCAUCGAGAACCCUACCGACCUGUGUUACCCUUGGCUAACGCGUCACGAUGUUUUCGAAAGAAUGCCGGUGCACGUUGCUCGUGGCGCCAGUUUCAUUCCAGAGCCCAGCCCUGACAUGGUUUUGGCUGCCACGGGCCACUUCGGCGGUUAUAUGCGUCGCCCAUUUGAGCUUCCAAGUGAAGCUCUGAAACGACAAAACCGACUUCUCACCGAAUGGGACCGUUUGGACGCUCAGUACGUGGAGAGUCCGGAUGAAGAGGUUGCUGAGCGCAUUCGCGCCAUUAAGAACGCUCUAUUCGGUUACGACAACAUGAUCGACAAUGAUUCCAGCGCCUACACAACCGCCGUUGACACAGCCAUAUUGUUGGCACGCAGGUUAAUGAAAGAACAGAGGGACGAUCCUGCGCGAAACCCAGAUGUGAUUGACUAUUACCUGAACUACGUGCCGGACAUGUCAGCUGUAUCAGGCGGUCGCAGUCGCUAUCGUGGUUCGGGCAAGACCGUUGUUUUGUGUCUUGUGGGUUACUACCCGGAUCCGAAGGCAUUUCGGGAAUACACUUCAGUUGAGGAGAUGGCUGAGGGUUACCACCGCCUAAUGACUGAGAUGCGUUACGAGGGUAGCGUGCACACUCUCUCCCAAAUGGUGGUUGAGGAUGAGGUGCACGACUACGUUUUACGUGGUGAUCGGCGCAAGUUUCCGAGGCUCAUGGCAGAAUACACCCCGCUGUGGUCACAUCGCAAGUUUGGUCCCGAAUUCGGUGACGCGUUGAAACGCGGCCAUCGUAUUCCUGAGAGCGACCUUACGAGCUUCGGGACCAAGCUGCGCAAACGCCGCCGCAGCAGUUCGCCAGAGGAGCAAGAACAGAAUUUCGUCGACGAUUACGCUUGUUUCAGCGAGGAAUAUGGCUAG